CACCUGUGCGCAGCCUACCGAAUCCUUUCUAUUAGAUAUCAUCUUCGGCAAUAGCUUAUCUCCCAGACAUCUGCGAAGCCGCUCUGCUCCGGAUUUUCUCCAGUUUUCCUCUGAUCCGGAAAAUUAUUCCCUCGCCUGACCAUGAGCUGCUUACUCAAUGUCCUACUCUUCGUGUUUGUGGGGUUGGCCAAAAGCGCACACCUGAUAGAUUUUUCGAACGUGUUGCACCGAAAUUUAGGGAAUGUGAAAAGGGAAGAUCUGGAACGGUGCCACCCCACGCAGCCCUUCCGCUGCCCGGGAGACAAAACCAUCUGCAUCUCCAUCCAGUACCUCUGCGACGGCGCAUCCGACUGCCCCGACGGAUACGACGAGGACCUCAGGCUCUGCACCGCCGCUAAGCGCCCCCCUGUCGAGGAGACGGCCAACUUCUUGCAGGCUUUGCUGGCCAACCACGGGCCCAAUUACCUGGAAAAACUAUUUGGAGCCAAGGCUCGCGACGCUCUCGCGCCCCUCGGAGGAGUCAACAAAGUGGCCGUGGCCCUCUCUGAAAGCGAAACCCUGGACGACUUCGGCAAAGCUCUGCACCUGAUGCGUUCGGAUUUGGAGCAUCUCCGAAACGUGUUUAUGGCAGUGGAGACAGGCGAUAUGAGCCUCCUCAAGUCCCUCGGCAUCCGGGACUCGGAGCUGGCCGACGUCAAGUUCUUCCUCGACAAGCUGGUUAGCACUGGCUUCAUGGACUAGUUCUCCACAGCGAGUUAUCGAGGAGCAACUCAAGUGGUUAACAAAAGACGGUACCGCUGCAUCGAAAAUUGAUUGAGAUAUAUAUCCACUUCCUUCGUUUUAUGUAAAAUUUUCUUUAUUAGAAUCCGUUGUUAUGUAGCAUUCAUGAUUCAACUGUAUUGACACCAAAAAAAUAUAAUUAGUAACUAAUAAAAAUAAGUGCAUACAUCGUUUUCACAAGGUUCACACAUUAACUCUAAAUGCUAAAUAAAUUUUUUUUAAAAGAUGUAUAUGGCCAAAAUGAGAGAAUAUGUAUAUACAUUUUUUAAUGUGUACAUUUCACUGCUAUUUAAAAGAGAAAAAAAAAUCGUUUUCUAUUUUCAAAAAUCAAAACUUUUAAUCUAAUCAUAUACAUUAUUCAACCUGUCAUUCAAUAAAGAAAACAAAAAGUGUUAUAAAAUUAAUAAAAAUAUUCAAAUAUGAAUGACAGAAAUAUGAUGAUCAAUUUUUUUCAUCAUACAAAUGGCCAUCACAAUUUUAAAGAUAUAAUAAUUCUAUAUGUAAACAUAGAUAUCAAUAAUUGGCAACAUGGCUGCCAUUCAUGCAUAGUAACUACUAAUUAUUGUUACAAACAUUUGGCUUCAUCAAAUGCUACAUAACACAGUUUCGAGUGUUUAUGUAUUUGCCACAUACAAUAUACAUAUACACAAAAAAUAUACAUUCCUUUAAUCAUAAAAAAAAGAAAUUUUACCCUAAUAUUGAAAUAUAUCCCUUUUUUCCAGUAUAUAAUUAUAUAAGCAUGAAGCAGAAAUGACUUUAUUUCCCAUUACAAUAGAAACAUUACUGUUAGUUAUAAUCUUCUAAGAGUGAUAAUAUACUCAAAGGUAUGUGCGAAUACUCGAAAGAACAGACUUUGCAAGGACAACAUAUCGUUUUGAAAAAUAAUCAUAUUGGAAUAUAUUUUUGAAAAAAAUAAUUUUUUUCUCCCUGCUUGAGCAAGCACAGGAAUGCUACAUAUCACAGAAAUAUAUUUAGGUAAUGCAGCGAACCCUUACUGGGGCUGUUGGUUUUCUUCUCUAUUUUCAGACGGUUUUUAUCAUAAAUAAAAAUAAUGAAUUUUUAUCAUAAAUAAAAAUAAUGAAAUAAAUUCUGAGCAUUUAAAAUUUUAUACACACUGGUUUUUAUAAACGAUUUUUAAAAUCUCUAAUCAACCAAUUUAUUAAAUUCCAAAUCAAAAUUUGGUUGAUUUAAAUAAAAUUUUAGAAUAAAUAGUUUGCCAAACGGAAAAAAAAAAAAUCAUGUAUCUUCAAAACUUUUUUUUAGUUAUAUUUCUUAAUUCAAGAUUAUGUUAAGAAAUUUUUAAAAAUUGUUUAUCAUUUUCUAAUUGAAAUUAAAUGUACUAUAUUUCAUAAAAUACCUAAAAAUAUUCGAAACGUACAGAAAUAACCAUCUUUACCAAACAUAUAAUUUUUUUUAAAAAUCGUUUGGAAAAGAAUUUUUUCCAAAUAUGCGAUUCAAAAAAAAAUUAUUUUUUUAAAAAAUCGUUUGGUUUUUCACUAACUACAUUUUCGAAUAUUAUCUUCAUAAAUGUCCGAUGAAUAAUUUUUGAUAGCCCUAGUAAGAAAAAGCUAAUUGCCACAUUUUAUAAACUUUUCUACAACUGGCUUACGCACAAAUCUACAAAAUAUUGAAGUAAAUACUGAUUUUAUCAGUUUUCCUAGAAUUCUCGUAAAAUCAUCAUUUACUGAAUCUGUGUGUAUACAGUUAUAUUUGUGGUAAAGAGCUAAAUGUAUAAAAUAUGUGUAUCUAAGCGUGAAAGUUAAUAGUUAGAAUGGUGCAUGAAGCUUUGUUAUGGAACAAGGGGUUAACUAAUAAUAUGCAUGCAAAAAGAAUCUAAAAUAAAAAAAUUUAAAAAACUACAUAAAUGAUAGAUGUCAGUAAAGUUAGACAGAAAUAAAUUAACAUUUCAGCAUCCAACUGCAUGAAAACUAAUCAACUAAAAGUUGAUUAGUUUUGAAUAAUUUUAACUUCAUAUAUUGAGGAAAUAAAUGGAAUUAUAUUACAAUGUAAAUCCUGAUUCAUGAAUACAAAAAAAUCUAAUCAGUUAUUCAUUGAUCAAAAACAGAAUUUUUUAAAAAAAAUUGAAAUUAAUACAAAAUAAAUUAGUGAAUGUGUAUAUAAUUAGGAAACCCACAUGUAUCCAAAGAUUAUUUGAAUGUAGCUGAGCAAUAUUUUUAUUUGCUUCUAGGAAAACAAGCUUUAAAAUUCUUAUAACAUUAAAUGUGUACAAAUAUAUAUAUCUGUAUAAAAAUCCCUUUAAAUCCAUCCAAAAUUUAGAAUAGUUCUUCCCUUUUUACAUUUCUGUCUUGUUCAUGAGUCAUAUCUGUCCAUUUUAUUACAAUUAAUCGACAACACAUAUCAAAUAUUACGAAUUUUUCUUGUACGAUAAUUUCACAAAACCAAAGAAAUUAAGACAACUAUGUAAUUUGAUAAAUAUUUUAGAAAGAAUCAAAUUGUUUUUACCAAAGUGAAACACAAAUAGUUUGCAAUUAUUUUAUAAUCAAAUAUUAGUGUUUAUUCGAUUAGAAACAUUUGAUGUCUUUAAUUUCAAACAUUAAAGAAAUUUACAAAUGGACAUAAGCCUGGAAAAUUCAAACUUAUAAUUCUAAUUUAUUUCCUUUUUUUACUUGAGAAAGCCAGGGUUCGUACAUAAUUCUAAUAGUUGAUGUUUGGAAUAAUAUUAUAGGACAUGAUUAAAAAACAAUUUAUAAAUGAAAAGGGACUAAAUGGAUGAUAGUUCAAAAAUUAUAUACUCUAAUUUCAGAAUGGAACUAAUUUUUUAAAUGUCAAAAUAAAAUUAUUAUUCCAGGCUAUAGAAUUCCAGCACAUUAUAAAAAAAAGAUCAUCCUGAAAGAAAUUUUAAAAUCAUAUAACACUCAUAUUAUUAGAAGUUGUCAUAAAAAGUAUAGUACUGGAAAUGUUGCUGAAAGAAAAUGAUCAAAUAAAUUAUAAAUUUCAAUAACUUAGAGGGGGCAUCAAAUCAAAAUUAUAUAUUUUUUUAUUUUAAAUUCAAAUGAGUACGAACCCAUCUUUGCACUUAUGAAGAAAGAAUAUGGUGUAGAGAAUAAAUGUUCUUAUCCAUUUUGCAAUCAAUUUUAUUAAUUUCAGAAUUGGGACAAAGGUUUUAAAAAUAAUUGAGAAAAUAAUUUGUUUAUUAAAAAAAUAUAUUAAUAGUAGAUUUCUAAAUAAACAUACAACACAGUUUUUUUUACACAAAAACAGACUUUAUUCAUUUUAUUACAAUGAAUAAAUAUAUAAAUAUCUAACAUGUAAAUGCAUGUUUGAAGUACAUAUCAAUACAGAAAAGGAAGUCUUUAAAUAGUGUGCAAAUGAAAAAAAAUGUGCACCUUAAACAUAAUUUUAAAACACAACAUUGAAGAAAUAAUAAUGAAAAGAUGAAGUGUGAAUUAUUUCGGUAUUCGCACAUCCCUCAAGAAGUAUGUAUUGCAUAAAUACUGAAUAAAUAAGCAUAGUUUUUACUUUAGUCACAAUGUUAGUUACUGUAGAACUUGCACACUGUCAUAUGUAAGUGUACUGUGUAUAUAUGCCAGAGAAUAUUAACUUCUGUUCAAAAAAAAAAUGAUUUGAUUCACUGUUCUCUAUAAAUAUAAUAAUAAAAAAAUGUUUGUUCUUGCUUUUACAAGCCUUUUAAAUGUAAAAGUUAUUCAAUACUUAAAAUAUGUAUGAAUAAAGAAUUUUAUCUGUUA